AAAUAAAAUGAUCUUUAACCUUUUACCUGCGACCCCAGUCCAUCAAAAUGGCUGCUUCUGUGCACGUUGUAGCUAAGAUGUUUUGGCGUGUGUUGCCUGCAGUUUCACACCAGAUUCGUCAGCAUCAGUCUUGUCUACCGAAGCAGUUUCUGAAGACGCGUCUGGCACCAGUUCUAUUUGCUCAUCCACGUCAGUUUCUCUGUGAAGCAGCAUCACAGAAGACGGAGAUCCUGUCCCAGUACAAAGAUCGCCCGUGGGACUACCUGGACAGCGAAGAGUAUGUGGACCGAUAUGGAGAUCAGCCAGUGUGGAACGGUUACAGAAGGAACCACAAGGGUGGAAUUCCACCACAGAAGACACGGAAGACCUGCAUUAGAGGAGACAAGAUAUGUGGGAACCCGUGUCCAAUCUGUCGGGAUGCAAACAUUAUAAUCCACCACCAGAACGUAAAGCUCCUGCAGCAGUUCAUCAGCCCCCACACCGGCAUUGUCUAUGAUCCGACCCGAACCGGUGUGUGCAGGAAGCAGCAGAAGAAGCUGAAUGAGGCCAUCGACACAGCAAGAAACCAUGGUCUCCUUCAGUUUCAGAUCCCACAUGUGGAGUUUUCAGGAGAGACCUACUCAAACACUCAUGAUGCUGUUGGAUCCACCCCACCUCCACCAUCAGGAGAAACCUGGUACUGGUGGUACGGAAACAUAGAACCCGAUCCCAGCAAAGUGGCUCAGGUCAUGAAGACCUACAAGAACUAUUUAAAAUGAUCGUCUGGUCAAGACAUGUCUGUAAAAUAUGAAACUGUUAAAUAAAUGAUGAACAGAU